AUGCAGUCUCCAAACUCGCCGUCAAAUCCGCCAGAAGCUCAUUCCGCGCCCUCGUCAUCCACUCAGGCAAAGCCACCACCCGGCUGGGUCCUCGGCCCCGACGGAAAACCAUGCAAGAUCUGUACCGCGUUCCGGAACUGGAAGCCGCGAACGGCCAAAGCGGGCGACGCCUCAGACGGAAGGCAGUCCAGCACAAGCAGCACCGGAACGACUGCAGCAGCAACAACGGCGGCGGCGGCGGCGGCAGCAGCAUCAGCAGUCGCCGCAGGCCAGGUCGACAGCGCACGCCCGGAGAACUGCCCGCCCGACGUCGAGAUCCUCGGCCGCGCGACGUGGACAUUCCUGCACACGACGGCGGCGUACUAUCCGGAGCGCCCGACGGUGACACAGCGCGCGAACAUGCUGAGCCUCCUGCGCGCGCUGCCAACGCUGUACCCGUGCGCGCACUGCGCGUCAGACUUUGAUGAGCGCGUCCGCGCGCACCCGCCCGACGUCAGUGGGCGCUCGGGUCUCAGCAAGUGGCUGUGCGAGCGCCACAACGAGGUGAACGAGAAGCUGGGGAAGGAGAGGUUCGAGUGUGCGGUCGGGAAGCUGGACGAGAGGUGGAAGGACGGGCCAAGUGACGGGAGCUGCGAUUGA